AUAUUUCAUAUACCGGUAGAAACAUUGUCAAGAUUUUUCCUCCUUCCUAAACUCUAUAAUCUUUUCUCAGUCUCAGGAUAUUUCAGACAUUGGAAGUUCACCAUUUUCCUGACAUGUUUGAACCCGACAUGAAACAAGCAUGUUGAAAGUGAGCUCCGGUGAAGAUGGUUACCUAAACAACUGGAUUCAUACUUGUGAUUCAUGUCAAGCAGCCGCCUGCACACUUUAUUGCCACACUGACUCCGCUUACCUCUGCCAUGGCUGCGAUAAACAUAUCCAUGGUGACAAUACUAUGGCCUUGUCGCACCAUCGUGUGUGGAUUUGCGAUGCCUGCGAGGCUGCUCCAGCUGCUGUCACUUGCAGUGCUGAUGCAGCAUCACUUUGCAUCGAAUGUGACAUCCAAGUACACUCGGUUAACCCUUUGGCUAGCCGCCAUACCAGGGUCCCUAUACCUCCGAUCUCAGGUCAAAUAUGUUCGUCCUCUAGCGUUCAACAGGAUGGUCAGCUGCCAGGAACCAUGUUCGACACCAAAAACGAAAUCGCAGCCCUUACUAUGGAGGUGAAUCUAGAAAUCAAUGAAGACGAAAUGGAUUCUUGGUUAUUGCUUGAGCCUGGAAACACUGACAACCAGACCAUGAGUGGAUUCACCUAUGGUGAACAACUUGAUGAGUACGUAGACGUUGUCGAUACAUGUACCGAGUCAUUCGGCCCAGAACAGUCCUCUGAUCAGCAGCAACUUGUGUGUGUGAAUUGUCCAGAAGAUAGUGGAAGUGAUAGUGUGGUUCCUGUUCAAACUUUGAGAACUAAGAAUCAACCACUACAAGAAGAGACACAAUUGCAGAAACAGCAAUUGCAUAGUACUUACUUCAAUUCAGAGCAGAGCGGAUCAAAAACUGCAUUCACUAAUUACCCUUCAAGCAGUCUAAGAGUCCCCAUGCUGAUGAUCACUCCUGCUGGCAUCCCAAAUUCUUACACUGGAUUUCCAGCAACAACAACGACAACUGAAAUCCUCCCAAAUCCUUGGCUUCUAAUGCCAUUGCAAUUCACAUCAAUGAAUAGGGAAGAAAAGGUUCUAAGAUAUAGAGAGAAGAGAAAAUCAAGAAAGUUUGAGAAGAAAAUAAGAUAUGCAUCCAGGAAAGCUUAUGCAGAGACUCGACCUCGUAUCAAAGGCAAAUUUGCAAGGAAAACAGAUAAGGGGAUUGAAGAUGAUCAGAUGUUCUCAAAGGAAGAUAAUGGAUAUGGUGUUGUUCCAUCAUUAUGAACGAGUACAAUAAAAUAUGAGGCUAGGAUUUGAAAAGAAAAACUUUUGAUAAUGGAGAUUAUAGUUAUUAUCUUUCUUGUUUAGUUCCUACAUCAGUGUAUUGCUUUCCAUGUAGUUCAAUGAAUGAGGGAAUAAGUCAUCAAAGUGAGUUAUCAAACAUGAAUAUGCUAAUUUUUUUAAUUUUUAUUUCGGAA